GCGUCUCUGUUCCGGCUUCUUCUUCGAUUGAGACCAGCGCCGCAGCAAACCUCAUCCUUCCAUCCACCAGCAGCAGCGCCAACGCCGGGAGACAAUUUCCCCCGUCCACCCAGCGAUGACGGCGACUCAGGCACGACGGCGAGGCGACGACAGAGAACGACGAUCCUUAACCUCCCCCCCUCCACCGGCAACGCGACCUCGCGAUUGGACCCGAGCAGAAGCAGCGCCAGCGAGGGGUGCGCCAGCUGUGAUGCAGCGACGACCGGUAACCCUCCACUUUUCCGGCGAUUGCAAUUUUGUCGAUGACGUGGGGAGCAGCAGCGAAUUCCGGCGAUUAAACGGCGGGGUGCUCCGGCGAGUGACCUCCAACGACUGGCGAAGUCUGGGCCUUGAGUGACUGGGUUCGGGCAGCAAGUUGAUCCGGCAGAAAAAAAGUUUCGAUGACCAACCCGGUGACGGGCUCCGAGUGACGUUCCUUGGAACUGAAUCGAACCAACGAGGUAAUAACGAGCUAAUCCUGGAGGGCACAGAGACGGAGGAGAUGUACGGAUGCAGUACUCGAACCGUUAACACAUAUGAUGGUUGUACUGUAACUCGUUUUCUGAUAAUGAUCUAUUAAAGAUGUUUAUCUAAAAUAACAGUUUCGCUUCCGUGCUGUUUUGAAUUAACUCCGAUAAACGUUUAAGUUCUAAUUGAAAUGUUUGGAUGUUUAAUUAAAUGUUUUUUUGAUUU